AUGGCUUCCAACUGGUCUGCUGAAAACGCCGCUCAAGCCUUCAUCAAAACCACCAAAAUGGGUAAGGGAAUGAAAGAGCCAGAUGUCUUGGAAUUUAUCUCCGCCCAAGCCGCCGGAAACAACGCAAGGCUCAUGGUUGCCGCCUGUUCCGGCGGUGAAGGCAUCUCCACCGUGGUGGCUUUAGGUGCUGCCGCCCACUUAACCGGAGGAAAAGUCGUGUGCAUUCUCAAGUCGACUAGAGAGCUCAUCCAUUAUCAAAGUGUACUACCCGAGUACCUUUGCGAUACUCAAGUCGAGUUCGCGAUUGGUGAAGCUGAAACCCUCAUCGUUAACGACUACAAAGAAUCGGAUUUUGUGGUCGUUGAUUGUAAUCUUUACGACCACGAGAAGAUUUCCGGGUUGGUUAAGGCGGUUAAGGAGAGAUCGAGAAUCAAUGGUGGUGGUGAUGCUAUUGUUUUGGGAUAUAAUGCCUUUAACAAGGGAUCAUGGGGAGGAUCCACGACACAAUUUUUGCCCAUUGGUGAAGGGUUGCUUUUGACGAGGAUAAGUGGUGGUAAGGAGAGGAGGAAGAGCGGAAAUUGGGUGGUGAAGGUGGAUAAAUGCACCGGUGAAGAACAUGUGUUUAGAGUUAGAUCGCGUGAUAGAACAAUUACUUGUUAACUCUUUAUAAGAGUUUUGAAUCAAGUUGUUAAUUGCUUCAUCUUUAAUGUAAUUGACAAUUUUUAGAAUACGGUA